UUUUUAUUUUAUAAAAUUUUAAACCCUAAUUCCAAAACCCCUUAACUCUAAACCCUAAGGUUUGAAUUAAUUAAACCAAGGAGUAUAAUUGUAUAUUUACCUCUUUAAUGAAACUUAUUUUUGUGACUUUGAGCUUUGAGUGUUAGUUUGGAACAAAAACUUGGUUUGAUGCUAUCCUAGUCUUUUUCUCAAAUAAUAAAUUUGCUAAACUAUAAAUUAGCUAAGCUAUAUAUUAGGAAAAUAUCAUAUUUAGUUUCGAUUUUGUAGUCAGAAAAAACGAAAAAUUCACAAAACCAUAAAUUAGCUAAACCAAACCUUGAUUAGACCUAUAUACAAAAUGUUGGUAUGCGUAAUUUAAACAAAUAUAGACAGAAUAUAAAUUGGCCAAAAUAUAAAACCAGAAACUUAAUAUUGAUUAGAUUAUGAUUAAGAAAUCGUGAUGAAUCGUUUGGUUUUGUUUCUAAUGGGUUAGCUUAUAGAAAAAAAAACUAUUUUAAACCAUAGAUUUAAUGGAGUACAGGAUUGGAAUAAUAUAAGGUAUGUGUUGUUGAUCAACUAUUAAAUCUUGAGUAUUGGUUUCGAAUAGUAUAUGGUACCUGCUGGUAUAAUUUAAUUAAUAAGAUUGUGUACCAAACGAGACGAGUUAACGUUUCUGUAGUUUACAAAAAUUUUGGGUUAGCAAAAGCGUAAAACUACUGUGUUUUGAUCACAGUGACAUUCUAUUGUAAUUAUUGAGAAAAACUUAGGACUAAAUACUAUUUGUUCUCAUGUUUUAAUAGUUUAGAUGUAUAUUAUUUUAAUUUUAAAAUUUCUUAGGUUUCGAGACAUAAUUAAUUUAAUUUUAACUCCUUCAAGUUAAACUAUUUAAACUUUUUUUUGUCUUAAAAAUGUGUUUUCACCUAUUUUCCUUACACCUAUGCAUUAUAAAUAGUUCUUUCUAGUGUGAAUCAAAAGUUCGGUUGGUCUGAAAGAAACAAAAGUAAUGAAAGUUUGAAUUGAAUAUUUUCUCGGAGCUUUUGAAAAACAUUUUAAAUACAUCCACUCAGCUGGUAGCAAAAGUAGAAACAAAUCAUGACAAGCUCAAACUCAUCAAUGAUGAGCAUCUUUCUUCGUACCAUUGUUCUUCUCUAUUCAAUUUCAAGAAUUUUGAGCACUUUUGCUUCUUCUCCUGACCAAAGUGAUAUUAUUCUGGAGUUCAAGAACGAGUUUAAGAUUCAAAAGUCGUGUGAGUUUCUUGAUCCGAAGACGAAAUCAUGGGCAAACAAGAGCGACUAUUGCAACUGGCAUGGUGUAAUGUGCGAUACCAAGUCGGACAAGGUGAUCGGGCUAGACCUUAGCUGCAGCUGUCUUCAUGGCCGGCUCAAACCAAACAGUAGUCUUUUUAGACUGCAGCAUCUCCAGAGUCUUAACCUUGCUUAUAACAGCUUCCUUGAUUCUACAAUCCCAGCUAAGUUCAAUAAACUCAUGGGAUUAGAGAGGCUUAACCUUGCUGAUUCUUCAUUUUCCGGUCAGAUUCCAACAGAAAUUGUUCAACUAACCAAUUUGGUGUCUCUUGAUCUGUCUUCUUCUUUUUCUUCUUCUUCUUCUUCUUCUUCUUCUUCUUCUUCUUAUACACCAAGUAAUUUAUCCAUUGAGGAACCAUCAUUUCUCCGUCUUCUUGCUCUAAACUUGAGGAACCUUAGAGAACUAGAUAUGAGCUAUGUGAACAUCUCUUCAGAAAUCCCAAAAGAGUUUUCAAACAUGUCGUCUCUGAGAUGGCUUAUUCUUGAGAAGUGCAACCUACUGGGAAUAUUUCCGAGCAAUGUUUUUCUCAUACCCAGCUUACAUCUCAUUAACCUCAAUGACAAUCCCAAACUUAGAGGUCAACUUCCUGAUUUUCAUGUAAAUAAGUCUCUGCAAAGGAUAAGCAUUUACAUGACAUCCUUUUCAGGUACCAUUCCAUCUUCACUUGGAAACCUUUCUCAUCUCUCUUUUCUCCGACUUAGUUACAAUAAUUUCAUUGGUGAAAUUCCCUCUUCAAUUGGCAAUCUAAAACAGUUGAUAUCUUUUCAUGUCUUUAAUAACAAACUCAGCGGGAACUUUCCAUCUGCACUACUCAAUUUGACCCAGCUACGUACUCUCGAUCUCUCUUAUAACCAAUUUUCAGGUUCCCUUCCACCUAAUAUAAGCCAACUCUCCAGAUUACAUUUUUUUUCUGUGCGCGGAAACUCUUUUGUUGGAACCAUUCCUGCAUCCCUAUUCAAGAUUUCCUCACUGGCUCACAUCGAUUUGGAUAUAAAUCAUUUCAGUGACCUCCUUGGCAUUGAGAAUAUCUCUUUGCUGUCUAAUUUAAAAUAUUUGUUUCUUGGCGGUAACAAUUACUCGGUCAACGUCAUCCCUGUUGACUUAAAUCUCUUUCCGCCUCUCAAACACCUAUCAGGAUUAUCUCUCUCGGGAAUCCCUCUUUCAACAACAAACAUCACUUCUGAUUUUUCAUCAAAUUUGGAAUUUUUGUACCUGUCAAGAUGCAAAGUCACUGAGUUCCCCGAGUUCAUUAGAAACAAUCCACAUCUACAUGAUCUAGCCCUUUCCAACAACAAAAUGAAAGGUCAAGUACCAGACUGGCUGUGGAGGCUACCAGAGUUGGACUAUCUGGAUCUUUCUAGGAACUCUUUCAGUGGUUUCAACGGAUCCUUGAAUCUAAGUUCAAAUGCUUUCCAAGGGCCACCAUUCAUCCCAUCAAGUUAUAUCGAAUAUUUGUUUGCUUCUAAGAAUAACUUCACCGGAGAGUUACCUUCUUCAAUAUGUGGAUCAACCUCUCUAUACAUCCUAGAUCUGUCAAACAACAACUUCAGCGGCUCAAUUCCUUGGUGCUUAGGGACUCUCAUGACUUCUCUUAGUGAUCUAAAGCUUCAUAACAAUAGCCUCAACGGAACUCUUCCUGACAUAUUUAUCAACGCGACGAAGCUACAGACACUUGACAUCAGUCACAACCUAUUGGAAGGAAAGCUUCCUGCAUCUCUCAUCAAUUGCUCUUCUCUGGAAGUUCUAAACUUGGAAAGCAACAAAUUCAAGGAUACCUUUCCAUUCCAGUUGAGUUCUUUGCAGAAGCUACAAGUUCUUGUCCUCCACUCCAAUAAGUUCUAUGGCAAGUUACAUCACUCUGACGGUGUUUGGUCGGGAUUUCCUCAGUUGAAGAUCAUCGAUGUAUCACAUAAUGACUUCCUCAGCACCUUACCGUCUGACUACUUCCUGAACUGGACUGGGAUAUCCUCCAAGACAGGCAACAACUCUACAGAGCCAGACUACAUUGGGGCUUUUCUUCCCCACCAAUACUACGCUUCAAUUGUGUUGAUGGCUAAAGGUGUAUCAAUGGAGAUGGAACGUAUCCUCAAAGUCUACACAGCCAUCGAUUUUUCAGGAAACCAACUCCAUGGACAAAUUCCUGAAUCUAUUGGUCUACUAAAGGAACUUCGUAUCCUGAAUAUGUCCAGCAAUGCUUUUACAGGCCACAUCCCAUCAUCUUUGGCCAACCUUACGGUGUUGGAAUCACUAGACCUAUCCCAAAACAAGCUCUCUGGUGAGAUUCCUCCAGAGCUUGGAAAGCUUUCUUCACUUGAGUGGAUUAAUGUUUCACAUAAUCAGCUUGUAGGCUCCAUACCACAAGGCACGCAAUUUCAGAGACAGAAAUGCUCAUCCUACGAGGGGAAUCCUGGACUUCUUGGUUCUUCUCUUAAGGACGUUUGUGGAAGUGGUGCUGAGCCAACAUCACAACAACCUGAACAGCCGGAGUCAUUACAAGAAGAGGAAGAAGGAGAAUGGUUGAGUUGGAUGGCAGCAGGAAUAGGAUUUGCACCUGGAGUUGUAUUUGGAAUCACAAUCGGAUACAUAGUGGCUUUAUACAAGAUUGAGUGGUUCAUGAAGAUUUUUGGCCGGACCAGAACAUGUUAGCUCAUUGGUGUUCUUUUUUCUAAAUCUCUGUUCAAUGAAAGCUGUUGUGUUUAGCAUCAUGAAUGUAUUGUUGUUUUUUAUUAAAAUAAAAACUCUAUCUUAAUAAAUAAUCGUUCCCUAAACUUGAGAGUUUUAAUUUAUGAAAGUUACUCAAAAUACAAACACAUUUAACAGAAUCAAACUGUUCUCUGAACACUGAACGAAAACAAAAGGAAAUUAAAAAAACGUGAAAUCGUAAGACCAGACAUGUCCUAGACUCCUAGAUCAGUUUCCAUUGAGGAGACUCUGAACCUCAGAUUCUGUAGGAAGAGCUGGAAUUGCUCCUUUCUUCGUAGUCGUAAUGGCUCCACAUGCAUUCGCAAACCUAAGCACUUCUCUGAGACGAGCUUCGUCCUGUAGUUAAAGACACAAGAACACAGUCAACAAUCGAAGCAACGAUUCCAAAUUAGCCAAAGACUAAUCUGAUGUUAUGUUUACCUCUAGAACAGCACGGUCAUCAACAAUGUUGCAAAGCAAGGCACCAACAUAUGAAUCACCAGCACCAGUUGUAUCAACUGCGUUCACAUGGAAAGGAUCAACAGAUCCACGGAAGCUCUGUAAUCAUACAAGCACAAAUAAAAAAACUUAAGUAACGUUUAAUGGUACAGUCAAAACUC